GCAGCCCAGCUGGGGUUACCACAUGCUCACCUGUGAAGCAAUCUUCCCACUAGAGGGCUGCGUCGGCCCGGGAGGCCUAUAAAUGCUGGGCUCACAGGACACUGACAAACCUCUCUGUGUGACUCCUCAGCUGAGUACAGGAAGCCGGCCACCAUGUCGUCACUGAUGGAAUGCAGCAUCGAGACCAUCAUCAACAUUUUCCACCAGUACUCCACGCGCCUGGGGCACCCCGACAGGCUGAACCAGAGGGAGUUCAAGCAGAUGGCGAGGAAGGAGCUGCCCAACUUCCUCAAGAAGGAGAAUAGGAAGCCGGGGGCCGUGGAGGACAUCAUGGAGGACCUGGACACAAAUGGAGACAAGGAUCUGAGCUUCGAGGAGUUCGCCAUCCUGGUGGGCCGGCUGACGGAGGCAUCGCACGAGGAGAUGCACAAGGGUCACCCCAAAGGGAAAGGCCACAGCCACGGGCCAGGCUUCGGGGAGGGCCAGGGCUCCUGCCAAACCCAGGGUGGCCACAGCCACAGCCAUGGUGGUCACAGCCACAACCACUAAUCAGGAGGCCAGGCCACCCUGCCCCUGCCCAACCAGGGCCCCAGGGCUGUGUGCACACAGCUGAGGCGGUGGCCCUUAGCUGCAGGGCUGGGGGCUGGGAUGCAAUAAAGUGUUCCUCCAAACCA